AUGAAGCAGGAGAGGGCGAACGCGUCCGCGAAGGCGCUGAAGCGAUCUGAAAAGCGCUCGGCAUCAAACCCCAAACCCUUAUCUCAGGAAAAACACGAACUACCAGUAAGAAAGCCAUUCGGACAAGAAGAUUCAGAUGAUGAUGAUCACGACGACGAAGAUAUGUUGGCUUCAGGGCAUCGCGAUACCGGCGACCAGGAUGAGGACGAUCAACUGAUAAUUGACCAGGACAUGGUAGAGCAACCGGAUCAUCAUGAAGCAAGUGGACAGGAUGUAGAUAUGGACGAAGAUGCACUACGAUUCCAGCCGAUCAGUGCGUCUGCUUUGGCCGCAUCCCAGGCCGGGGCCGACAACCGGGCUUAUUCGCAGGUACGCAAGGUUCCCAUCCCGCCCCACCGCAUGAGCCCGUUGAAGCGUGAUUGGCCAAAGAUUUAUACGCCUCUAGUUGAGCAAGCGGGGCUUAUGGUGCGUAUGAAUGUGCGCACUCGGGCUGUUGAGAUCAAGUCGUCCAAAUACACGGAGGAUCUGGGGGUCAUACAAAAAGCAUGCGACUUUGUGAAAGCCUAUGCGCUUGGAUUUGACGCUGAUGAUGCACUUGCGCUUUUGCGUCUUGAUGAUCUGUAUGUGGACUCGUUUGAAAUGAAAGAUGUCAAGACACUGCAUGGCGACCAUCUGAGUCGAGCCAUAGGCCGCAUUGCCGGCAAAGAUGGUCGUACGCGUUUUGCGAUUGAGAAUGCCAGUCGAACACGCAUUGUUCUGGCUGACACGAAGAUCCAUAUAUUGGGUGCAUACCAAAAUAUCCGCAUGGCCAAGGAUUCGAUCGUGGCGCUGAUUAUGGGCAGUCCACCAGGCAAAGUAUAUGCGAAGCUGCGCACUGUCAGUGCACGGAUGCGACAACGCGCCUAG